CACGGACCCGCCCGGCGGCCCUGCCAGCCCGCCCCACCACCCCCCGCGCCCCCAGAUUGGCAGCCACCGAGAGGCGCGUCUCCGAAGGCCGAGGCUUGGCAGCCGGGGAGGAGACACGGAGGGCCAGCUGGAGGCGAGCCCGGGCCCAGCCGGGGCUUGGUCCUGGGGUCUCGGUCCCGGUGGGCUUGCGAGGCCGCCGGCGCCCUGCAGACCCAGCCUCCCGCGCUCCCGAGGCCGCCUGCCGCCGCCCCCCAGCAUGACCGCCCCGGGGACCAACGCGUCCACCUCCGCCCUCACCUCGGGCGGCAUGAAAAGCCCGGUGACCAUCCCGGCGGUGAUGUUCGUCUUCGGCGUGGUGGGCAACCUGGUGGCCAUCGUGGUGCUGUGCAAGUCGCGCAAGGAGCAGAAGGAGACCACCUUCUACACGCUGGUGUGCGGGCUGGCGGUCACCGACCUGCUGGGCACGCUGCUCGUCAGCCCGGUGACCAUCGCCACGUACCUGCGCGGCCAGUGGCCCGGGGACGAGGCGCUGUGCGAGUACAGCACGUUCAUCCUGCUCUUCUUCGGGCUGUCGGGGCUGAGCAUCAUCUGCGCCAUGAGCAUCGAGCGCUACCUGGCCAUCAACCACGCCUACGUGUACAGCCACUACGUGGACCGGCGGCUGGCCGGCCUCACGCUCGGCGCCGUGUACGCGUCCAACGUGCUGUUCUGCGCGCUGCCCAACAUGGGCCUGGGCCGCGCGCGCCGCCAGUACCCCGACACCUGGUGCUUCAUCGACUGGACGUCCAACGUGACGGCGCACGCCGCCUUCUCCUACAUGUACGCGGGCUUCAGCUCCUUCCUCAUCCUCGCCACGGUGCUCUGCAACGUGCUGGUGUGCUGCGCGCUGCUCCGCAUGCACCGCCAGUUCGUGCGCCGCACCUCGCUGGGCACCGAGCACCAGCACCCCGCCGCCGCCCUGGCCGCGCCCGCCCGCCGCGGCUCCCCGGCCGCCGCCUCCCCCGCGCCGCCCCGCCUGGCCGACCCGCGGCGCCGCCGGAGCUUCCGCCGCAUCGCGGGCGCCGAGAUCCAGAUGUUCAUCCUGCUGGUCGCCACGUCGCUCGUGGUGCUCAUCUGCUCCAUCCCGCUCGUGGUGCGCGUGUUCAUCAACCAGCUGUACCGGCCGCCUCUGGAAGAGGAUGUCAGCAAAAACCCAGAUCUGCAGGCCAUCCGCAUCGCCUCCGUGAACCCCAUCCUGGACCCCUGGAUCUACAUCCUGCUGCGGAAGACGGUGCUCAGCAAGGCCAUCGAGAAAGUCAAGUGUCUCUUCUGCCGCCUCGGAGGGUCCCAUGGGGACCACCCGCCGCACUGCCUGGAGCCCCGCAGGACGUCCUCCGCCCUGUCCGGCCACUCGCGCUCCUUCCUCUCCCGGGAGCUCCCGGAGCUCAGCAGCACCUCGCAGACCCUCCUCUGCCUGUCUGAUCUCAGCGACCACGGCCUCGGGGGCCAGAACCUGCUUCCCGGCGGGCCUGGCCUGGGCCAGGUGCAGACAGACAGUCUGUCUCUGUCUCUGAGGACUUUGCGGAUAUCGGAGACCUCGGACUCUUCGCAGGGCCGGGACUCUGAGAGAGUCUCACUGGUGGAUGGGACUGGGGGGACCAGCCGGGCUGGGCCUGCUCCGAAGGGGAGCUCCCUGCAAGUCACUUUUCCCAACGAAGCUCUGGACUGCUCGGAAAAGUGUAUAUAAGGCUCCAGGAUGGGGAAUGCAGCCCUGCUUUCUGAAGCUGAUAACCCCACCACACACACACACACACGCACACAGGCGCGCACACACGUACACUCACACAGGCACAGACACACACACAGGCACACACACAGGCACACAGGCAUACACGUACACACACACAGGCACAGACACACGCACACACUCAGGCACACACACAGGCACAGACACACACACACACACACACUCAGGCACACACAGGCACACACAUAGGCACAGACACACACACACGCACACACUCAGGCACACACAGGCACAGACACACGCACACACUCAGGCACACACAUAGGCACAGACACACACACGCACACACUCAGGCACACGCAGAGGCACAGAUGCACACACACAUGCACAGACGCACACACACAGGCACAGACGCACACGUACACACCCCGUGCAGCAGACACGGGAAUGAAGUGUGAGCUGGCUCAGAGGGCUCCUGUCAUCUGGAUUUUGGACUCCUUUGCAGACGCCCCGGUUGACUGACCUGAGUCCCAAGGGCUGAGGCUCUGUUGGCUGCCCCCUUGCUCUGUCUGAGUGUGGCCUGUGUGACUCACAUUACAACUUGGCGACGGAGCAGAGCUUCUCUCCGUGUUUCUGCUUGAUGAGGAGACGGUGUAGGUCUCUCUGUUUCCCUAACACCAGGGGCUGUGUGUCCGGCACACCACAAAAUGGCCAGAGGGAGCGGGAGCGGGGCUCUCUCUCUCUCUAAUCCGAAUUAGGACUACCUAGUAGUGAUUUAAAGUGUCUCACGAAAGCAUGAAAUGUGAAUUUUAUUGCUGUAAAUAUGAUUUGAGGUUAUUUAAAGUUUCUCUUCUCUGUGAGAAGGCUUGCUGUUAAUACGAGGUAUAAUCAAAGUAUGGUAAUCGCACCCCCCAUGUAAGUAACCAGUGAAAGUUACACACGUCUGAUUUUUUUUUUUAUAAAGAAGCUCAGACUAAAGUGUUGGAAGUUGCCAGUAAAACUGAUAUAUCUAUGAGAUAGAUAAAACCUGGUGAAAGAAGAUUUCAGUGCUAUGGAAAAAGUACGGAGCAACCGUAUAUAGGAGGUGACAGAUACAGCCCAGAAUUUUUAAAGGGUUUCCAAGCUACGCGUGAUGAUGCAGAGUGAAAAUUUUGGUGGAGUCACAUUUAUUUACAGAAAACCGUAAAUUUCAGGAGAACUUAGCUUAGUGGUGUUUUUUUUUUUUUCUUUCCACUAACUGGCACUUUUAAAAAUGUAACAUGAAAUUUUAGAAUCUUUUAAUACCCGUAACUGGAGUGUACAAUAUAAACGUGAAUGCCUCCACAGUGGUGCAUAGUCUGUUUACAAAGGGAUGGUCUAGCACUUCCUUUAAAACUGAAGGGGAAGGUAGACUGUGUCGUGAAAACAAAAAACGUGGAAGGGUUAAGCUUCCACAGAUGUCGUAAGUCGAGCAAAUGUACACAAAGCCCAGCCCGGCAGUACUGCCCACCCUGGAAGGCCCGUGCUCAAAGAAAUGUUAAGCAUGUUUGGUUGCUCGAAGUGUUUCCGUGAAUUGCUUGGCUGUACUUAAGUUCUGAGCCUGACGGUGGCAUGGUUUUAAGAAGCAGUUGUACCAACUGAAAUUAUUUUGAAGACUAUAAGUAAAUAAAGGCACUCAUUCUGAGUUCCAUACCCGAA